AUGUUCGCCGAGCUUCUUGAAGAAGAAACGACAGUUGCCGCCCAAGACAAGGAGCACCUGCUGAUCCUAGCUUGCCUGUCCGGCUUGUACGCCGAGUCGGCCAUUGGUCGCCAUGGCAUCAUUUUGUCCGUGGACUUCAUACUACAGAGUGCAAGGUGUGGACAAUGUGUGGUUGCUUGGGACACCAUUGAUUAUGGUGGACUGGGAAUUCUCAAUCUGAAGAUCCUUAACGAUGCAUUCCGCUCCCGCUUCAAGGACAUCGACAUGAGGAUCCGCGUCCGCAGCGGCGGUAAGAUCUCCCAGAUCUACGCCAUCCGCCAGGCCAUCGCCAAGGCGCUCGUCGCAUACUACCAGAAGUACGUCGACGAGGCCGCCAAGAAGGAGGUCAAGGACAUCUUCGGCCGCUACGACCGCACCCUCCUCGUCGCCGACCCACGUCGCUGCGAGCCCAAGAAGUUCGGAGGACGUGGCGCCCACGCAAGGUUCCAGAAGUCUUACCGUUGAUUCGCCUGCAGGCC